GGCACUCCUAUUUUUUUGAUGCGAGGUGCAUUGUUAUUGGUUGCUUUAAAGCCGGAAAAAAAAGCGGGAACGUUACAUGAGCGUGCCUCUAGUAACGGCGAUUGAAAUAAAUACACAUAAUUACAUAACCUAGACUGUGACAAAACAUAACCCCUUAGUAAUUCUUUUAACCUUUCUGUUGUGCAUUAUUUUUAAAUUAUGUCCUGGAAUCAUAAUCAAACAUCAAUUUUAAUUGAUUUGUAUAGAAACCAUGAGGUGCUAUACAUUGUAAAAGAUCCUCAGUACCAUAAUAAAGGGGCCCGGCUGCAUGCAUUAGAGACAAUAACAAAGGGUCUGAGCGAGAUUAGACCAAAUACUACUGUUAACGACGUUAAAGUAAAAAUUAACUCUUUAAGGACACAAUUUAAUAAAGAACUUGGAAAGCUUAAGAGUAAGCCAAGUGGAUCUGGCGCAGAACUGGUACAGGUUGGUCUAUGGUGCUUUGAGCAGUUACUGUUCUUACAAGACCAUGUCAAUGCUCGGACAAGUUUUUCUAAUUUAUCCCGUGCUGCCGGUUGUAGCACGUGGGACGAAGUUGUUGAAAUCACGGACAGUCAGGGUGAACACACCUUAUAUGAAAGCGAGAGCAUGAGUAAUGGUUCUUCUGAAAAUGCAGAUUUAGAUGAAACCAUCACAGAAACACCACGCACAAAAAGGGCAAGCAACCAACCAAUUAACAAAAAUAAUAAAAAACGAAUGAUUGACGAUGCUGCCAUUCCAUUAUUUCAAGAAAUAACAACAGCAUUAAACAAAAUUUCCGAGCCAGUUGUUCCAAAUAAUACAUGGCAAACAUUUGCAACAUUCCUUGCUGAUGAAAUUCAAACAAUCAAGAGUAAUAGAAUAAAACAGGCUUGCAAGCGUCACAUAAUUAAUGUACUACACAAGUAUCAACAACAAGAUGAAGAAGAAAAUUAA